AUGGGCUGCGGUGGUAGUGCCGGCAUGCGAACGCUCUCUGCGGACGCAAAAUCCAAGGUUGAGGAGCUUUUCGACAAGAUGGACAAAGACACUAGUGGCACCAUUACAAAGGAGGAGGCCCACAAGUUCUUCAGCAGCUUUGCAAAGGUGAAUGCAAAAGCCAUGUUUGAUGAAGUGGACGACGAUGGCAACGGAAGCAUCACAAAGGCAGAGUGGGUCGGAUUUUGGAACCAGGUCCGGGCUGCUGGGUAUUCCAAUGACCAGAUCCUCGAAGAGCUCGAGUUGAUGACGGACGGCGGCGACUGGGUGAACUGGAAGGAUGGAAAGGAUGUUGCAGCCAUGUCCCGGGACAAGAGCGAUUUCGCGAAGUCAACGGAGCCUGUCAAAGUGCCAGAGGCCGUGCCGGAGGCGUCGCAAGAGGCCGCGCCCGAGGCUGCGCCGGCCGACACACAGGAAGAGCCCAAGGCUGAGGAGCCCAAGGCGGAGGAGCCCAAGGCGGAGGAGCCCAACGCGGAGGAGCCCAAGGCGGAGGAGCCCAAGGCGGAGGAAGCCAAGGCGGAGGAAGCCAAGGCGGAGGAGCCGAAGGCUGAGGAGCCGAAAGCGGAGGAGCCCAAGGCUGAGGAGGCUCAGGCUGAAUCGGAAGCACCACCACAACCAAUGGCGCUUUGA